GCAAGGAUACCCUUUUCCUGGGCUAUGGCGGUGGCGAGCGGUGACUUCGUGAUUGUUGUGUGGUGCCUUGAGGUGGAAGCUGUGUGAAGCGCGUGGCCUCGUCCCAGGACUUAGUCUUGGGACGUUAUGGCCAGCGUCCACGAGAGCCUCUACUUCAAUCCCAUGAUGACCAAUGGGGUGGUGCACGCCAACGUGUUCGGCAUCAAGGAUUGGGUGACGCCGUAUAAGAUCGCAGUGCUGGUGCUGCUGAACGAGAUGGGCCGUACGGGCGAGGGUGCGGUCAGCCUCCUGGAGCGGCGGAAACUCAACCAGUUGCUCCUGCCGCUGCUGCAGGGCCCAGACAUUACACUGUCAAAACUAUACAAGUUAAUUGAAGAAUCUUGUCCUCAGCUGGCAAAUUCAGUGCAGAUCAGAAUCAAACUGAUGGCUGAAGGCGAGUUGAAGGAUAUGGAACAGUUUUUUGAUGACCUUUCAGAUUCUUUUUCUGGAACUGAACCAGAGGUUCACAAAACAAGUGUAGUAGGUUUAUUUCUGCGUCACAUGAUCUUGGCCUACAGUAAGCUUUCUUUCAGCCAAGUGUUUAAACUGUACACUGCCCUUCAACAGUACUUUCAAAAUGGUGAGAAAAAUGGUAAAAGUACAGUAGAAGAUGCUGAUAUGGAACUGACCAGUAGAGAGGAGGGUGAAAGAAAAAUGGAAAAAGAAGAACUUGACGUAUCUGUAAGAGAAGAGGAAGUGUCUUGCAGUGGACCUCUAUCCCAGAAACAAGCAGAAUUUUUUCUUUCUCAACAGGCUUCUUUGUUAAAGAAUGAUGAGACUAAAGCCCUCACUCCAGCUUCUUUGCAGAAAGAAUUGAACAACUUGUUGAAAUUUAAUCCUGAUUUUGCUGAAGCGCAUUAUCUCAGCUAUUUAAACAACCUCCGCGUCCAAGAUGUUUUCAGUUCAACACACAGUCUCCUUCAUUAUUUUGACCGCCUGAUUCUUACUGGAGCUGAAAGCAAAAGUAAUGGGGAAGAGGGUUAUGGUCGUAGCUUGAGAUACGCUGCUCUGAACCUGGCUGCCCUGCACUGCCGUUUUGGGCACUAUCAACAGGCAGAGCUCGCCCUGCAGGAGGCAAUUAGGAUUGCCCAGGAGUCCAAUGAUCACGUGUGUCUCCAGCAUUGUUUGAGUUGGCUUUAUGUACUGGGGCAGAAGAGAUCCGAUAGCUAUGUUCUACUGGAGCAUUCUGUGAAGAAAGCAGUACAUUUUGGGUUACCGUACCUCGCCUCCCUGGGAAUACAGUCCCUUGUUCAACAGAGAGCUUUCGCUGGGAAGACGGCAAACAAGCUGAUGGAUGCCCUAAAGGAUUCUGACCUCCUGCACUGGAAACACAGCCUGUCAGAGCUCAUUGAUAUCAGCAUUGCACAGAAAACAGCCAUCUGGAGGCUCUAUGGCCGCAGUACCAUGGCCCUGCAGCAAGCCCAGAUGUUGCUGAGCAUGAAUAGCCUGGAGUCGGUGAACGCAGGCGUGCAGCAGAACAACACUGAGUCGUUUGCCGUCGCACUCUGCCACCUUGCAGAGCUACACGCGGAGCAGGGCUGUUUCGCAGCAGCUUCUGAAGUGUUAAAGCACCUAAAGGAACGAUUUCCACCUAAUACUCAGCAUGCCCAGUUAUGGAUGCUAUGUGAUCAAAAAAUACAGUUUGACAGAGCAAUGAAUGAUGGCAAAUUUCAUUUGGCUGAUUCACUAGUUACAGGAAUCACAGCUCUUAAUGGCAUAGAGGGUGUAUAUAGAAAAGCAGUUGUAUUGCAAGCUCAGAACCAAAUGUCAGAAGCACACAAACUUUUACAAAAAUUGUUGCUUUAUUGUCAGAAAAUGAAGAAUACAGAAAUGGUGAUUAGUGUCCUACUGUCGGUGGCAGAGCUGUACUGGCAGUCUUCAUCCCCUACCAUCGCACUGCCUGUGCUCCUGCAGGCUCUGGCCCUCUCCAAGGAGUACCGCUUACAAUACUUGGCCUCUGAAACAGUGCUGAACUUGGCUUUUGCUCAGCUCAUUCUUGGAAUCCCAGAACAGGCCUUAAGUCUUCUCCACAUGGCUAUUGAGCCCAUCUUGGCUGAUGGGGCUAUCCUGGACAAAGGCCGCGCCAUGUUCUUAGUGGCCAAGUGCCAGGUGGCUUCAGCAGCUUCAUAUGAUCCACCGAAGAAAGCAGAAGCUUUGGAAGCUGCUAUUGAGAACCUCAAUGAAGCAAAGAACUAUUUUGCAAAGGUCGACUGCAAAGAGCGAAUCAGGGAUGUUGUUUACUUCCAGGCCAGACUCUAUCAUACCCUGGGGAAGACCCAGGAGAGGAACCGGUGUGCAAUGCUCUUCCGACAGCUGCAUCAGGAGUUGCCCUCUCAGGGGGUACCCUUGAUAAACCAUCUCUAGAAAGGACAUCCCUGCUGGGCCACUGUGCAAAGUAUAAGAUUUGGGACUUGUUCAUGCCCCUCCCUCCCUGUAAAUUUUAUAUUUGUAAUAUCCUGUCUGUCUUGUCAAUAAAGUUCAUUCCGGUUA